AUGUACUCGACCUCGUACAGUGUACUCGUCGGGCGCAUGGCCGCUGCUUGCACCAGCGGCACGGUCAUGAAGCUCAAGAAUGCGCGCCUCACAUGCUUGACGCCAGCUAUGGCUGCAUGCGCGGUCCUCGCUGCAGACGAAGGCUACUUGAGCAUGGACCGAGCGCGCCGCAGCGCUACGGUCAUCGGCCACCAUGGCAUUACGGUCCGCGUCGCCCUUCCGCAGCGCAGCUGA